AUGGCGCAACAGACGCUCACGCCGGAGCCUCUGAGGCCGCAGGUCGAAUUCAACUGGGUCUACCUCGUAGAGCUCCUUAUUUGUGGCAUCCUGACAAUCUUCUUUCUCUUCUACUUCAACCGCCUCUUUGCCACCCUCGUCUCCUACGGUAUCCGGGCCUACACCUGGAGCGCCUAUCGUGCAUACAUUGACAUCCAGGCUUUGCAAAUCUCGGUCCUCGGCGGUCGAAUCUUCUUCAAGGACAUACGCUAUCACGGCCACAAUGAAACCAUAUUGAUUCAUGGGGGGUAUAUCACUUGGAAUUAUUGGCUGCGCAGGGUAAAAGAAGCCGACGUCCAGUCGACUUCAUCCUCAGCAGACCCGGUCACCGAUCACGACGCAUCGAGCACCUCUACUCGUCAAUCUGGUAGCGCAGAAGCAUCAGUGGAUAAGGCUGAAAAAGGAGGGAAGCAGACAGUUAAGAAGCUGCCAUGUCGCAUUUCGGUCAAGAUAUCCGGCGUCGAGGCCUUCAUGUACAACCGGAGCCCCGCCUACGACGGUAUUAUCGAUGCAAUCAAGCGCAAGACUGAAGCAUCCCCUCCUGACGAUGUCCCACCCGCUUCUGAACACGGCCACACUGCCGCCACCAGCUCCUACCGACCAUCCAUGGAUACAUACAAGGACAACAACCAGCAGAAUAGGCUGAGAAAACCAUAUACUGGCGAAUUCAGCCGGGAUACAGGGCCUUCACGUUCAGAAACGGACCCUUCAACGUCGAAGAAGAUCCAAAAGGAUGAUAUACCCUCCUUUCUGCGACUUCUCCCCGUUCAUAUCGAUUGCAACAAAGGCGCCAUUGUGGUCGGCAAUGAACAUACCAUGUCCGUCAUCACUGCCCAGUUCGAGAGAGCAAGUGGCGAAUUCGAUGCUGCUUCGUGCGGACCGCUGGAUGUUUACAAGCAGGUGUUCAAUUUCCAGUUCACACAUCCGGUUGUACAUAUGAAACCCAACCAAGACUACAAAUCGUCCCAGUUGGAUUCCGCUAUGCGCUUAAAGCAGACCUCUGAACAGCUACCAGAAGGUCAGGACGUUAACGAAAAGGAGCCUCCAACUCAGAAAUCACGAUUCUGGACACCUCGUUUGCCCCGUAUCCCUCGUAUUUUCUCCAAAUCUUCGGAUUCAAUUCACCAUGUCAAUGCUACCAGUGCGAAGAAAAGCAGCACUUUUGUAUCCCACUGGCAAUUUCCUGGCCAAGAGCAGUGGAAGGGACUUUCGCGUUACCUCGACGACAGUGGAAAAGAUGGAUACAGCGAGUGGGAUGCAAUGGAUUAUGCCAGUACUUCUCUCAUCGUUGACAGUCCCUGCGUAAAAGUGAGCUUUUACUGGGAUGUUGUUGGCCCCGUACCGAAUGAAAUCGACAACAGUGCGUACAUUGACCCAACUCGUCCCGAGGAUAUUAAUGGCAGCGCCCCGCCCGAUUACGGUAUGGAUAUACAGGUUUACGGAGGCAUCAUCAACUACGGACCAUGGGCUGAUCGACAUAGGGCUCGUUUCCAGAAUAUCUUCUUCCCAGGAGCCUGUGUUGACGCGGUCCCUUCUCCAUCCUUGAAACCUGGAGAUGCAAGAGUGCUUUCCGGCUUCAAAAUCUACAUCAGUAUUGAGGAUGAGACUGUCCUUCGCAUUCCAACUCGCGAGUCAUCAAAGGACUGGAGAUGGAAAGGGAAAGCACGCACAGUGGCUCGGAACAAGGAAGCAGCCGACAAAGCCAAAAGUAAAUCAAAAUCAAGGCGAAAAUCUAUCCGAGGAAAAUCGCGCGAUGCUGCGUCUUCAAGUCAAAACAUCUCGUCGAGUGUCAACCAUGGCUUGCUGUGGCGUUCGGGAGCUAUUGGUAUCGACUGUGAUCUCUCCAAUCCUCUGGGUUGGAACACUUUGCGCAAAUGGGGGUUCGGAAUUACUUGUCAAGACCUCGAACUAUUCCUGCUACGAGAUCAUCUCUUCUUGUUGACAGAUCUGGUAACGGAUUGGGGUUCUGGGUCUGCACCUGAUUAUUUCACCUUUGUCCCUUUCCAAUACCUCCUGAAGGUCGAUUUCACCAAUCUCAAAAUAUACCUCAACACCAACGAUUCCAAUAUAAUCAACAAUCCAACAGAGUUCGACGAGAAUAAUUUUCUCGUAUUGCAUGGCACACAUUUACAUGGCGACGUAGUGAUUCCUCUUGACAAGUUCAAGCCGGUUCAAAAUGAGAUUCAAUUUGACGUGCAAGGCCGAGACAUGGGCUUGGAUAUCAGGACUUCAUCGCAAAACACCAUCAGCACAUUUCUCAAGUCAGAAAAAGUAGCAAAGCUGGGUGGUUUGUUUCUGACAGGCAGUCAUACGUACUUGAGUGAAACUUCCGCCAUGAACACUGACAGAUUGUUCAUGGACGUACGGGGCGAAAGGUUAUAUGUUGAGCUAUAUGGCUGGUUGAUCGAUCAUUUCAUGAAGAUGAAGGAGAACUAUUUUGGCGAGGACAUGCACUUCAAAACUCUGGAAGAGUUCCAAGGACGCCCAGCCCAAGUCCUCACAGCGGAUGGAGUUGCACCAACUGAUCAACCGGCGAAAGUAACGAAUGAUCUCGACGUCAUUCUGAGCAUCUCUGUCGAGGAUACGAGUGCGCUAUUCCCUUCGAAUCUGUAUUCGGCGGAGAACAGUCUCCGAGCCGAGUUGCCCUUUGUUUCUGCCGACCUCCGAUUCACGAAUUAUUACAUGGAUCUUAUGGUGAACUUCAGCCCUAUUGGCCUGUCCAUCGGCACCUCGGCUGCUAGGCCAAAUGUUGGAGAUGAUGAUGGAGGGCAUACGGAAGUUUUCAUCGACUCAGUCGUUAUCUAUGGACAUCGUUUAUUCGGUCUUCCUCCUACAGAACCUACCUACGUCUGCAGCUGGGACUUUGAUGUUGGGAAAGUUUCUGGCGAAUGCACGACUGAUUUCAUCGAGAAAGCUGUGGGUGCUGCUCGUUCUUUUGCGUUCACGCUGGACGAUGAUGAGAACACGCUGCCAAUCGCCCAUCCUUUGAUUAUUCACGACUCUACUUUUCUCCGCCUUCGAACAGAAGACAUUCAUGUGUGGUUUCAUGUUGCCCAGGAGGUGGUAUUGAUUAGCACCGGGCAUGUCAAACUCGAUUUCAAUGAUCUCGCAGGCACCACGUUCUCUCAGCGUUUGAAUGUCUUGGUGCCAGACUUGACUUUAGGGGCUGUAGACGCAUUGUCUGCCUCCCGCCAUAGAACUCGAAAGGGGGAGAAACAGCUGGUCGAGACACAUGCAUUCUUGCAGACCACACUCACGCUAGACAUGUUGACACGCAAACUCAACUUCACCGAAGAACGAGUGCUCCAACAGGAGCACAUGAAAGAACAUGACCAACGAACAAACCGCACAAAAUUCAUGUUUCUCGAUCAAUCGUUAUUGUCCUCGCAUCAAACCCUUCGGAACCAAGCGGCUUCCCGUCCUCCGGCACUACAGUAUCCCGAGAUCCCCCAUCCCAUCUUUCUUUUCCAGCCUAGUUCUAGUUCCACAUCUUCCUCUAUCUCCGGAUACUCUUCCCAGCCGGCUUCGAUGCAUGAACGGAGGAGACGUAACCUAGCCUCUCAGUCUUCGUCUUCCAGUUCAAUUCGUAGUAGUGUACGUUCUGUGCACACCCAUCGACACAAGACACUGCCCAGUAACACAUUCACCCACACUAACCAAAUGAACCAACAAUAUCUGUUCGUCAGUGAAGAGGAAAGGGCACAGAGAAACCUCGCUCCAUCAUCUGUCGCUCUCGCCAGCUCUCUUGCUGCCCCUUAUUUCCCUCUCGAUCUUGUUGAGCCGGAUAUGACAGAUGUGCCCGAUCUUCCCGAAUUCUCGUCUGGGUGGACCGAGGACGAAGGAGAUGAUGCUCUUGUCUUCAAUGACAUUUCUUCAAAGAACUUUGACGAAAGUUUUCAGCAUAUGAGCUUUCUUGUCAGUGCCGAGCCUGGCUUGAGGCUAUACUGCACACCGGAUUUCGUCCGAUGCACAUCGAAAUUGUUGGAAUCGUUGCAACCUCGCCAGCCAGAAGAUCUUCUAGAUGCUUUCCAAGUGAGCGUCAUGACAAAAAUUCUCGACCACCAGAAGCGCCGGGAAGGCAAAGGAGAAUCCAUGGAGUUCAAUGUUCGCGUUCCAUUUACCCACAUCCGAUUCCAGAACCAGUUCGACCAAAGUAAGGACCAAUACGAUAUCAUUCUCAAUCAGCUCAAAACGGCGGCUCGCAUCAAGAACUUCCCUGGUGAGCGAACAGAGGAAAAUUCCAUCUCUAUGCACACCACUCUCGGCUCGCUUGGGAUCUCUAUCACGGAGCGAAAUUCACAGGGUGGCAACGAGGACGUGGCAGUACAAGCUGAGAUAAGAGACUUGCUAGUCUGGAUGAAGAAGGCUCAUGAAACUUCUGUCAACAUCAAUUUUGAAGCCUUUGAGAUUGCCACUGCCAGCCAAAAGAUUGAGUACCUGGCCUCGCUGAUUCACAGGACGACAUUGUUAGGAGAGGAGUUGGCUACUGAAUUCGCCCAGAAAAUUGAGACACAACAAGUACGGUUACGUUAUCUUGCUUGGUAUCUCACAAGCGUACAAGAUCGUUACCAGGAUCCAGCUUUCUUGACCAAGGCUUCAUACACGCUUCGUGCAGUCAGGGACCAUCUACGCAGCCAUGAUUCUUGGAAGAUUCUAUCACGCUUUCGUUACACUUGGCAAAGUUUGCCAGACUCUGAGAAAGAUGCCAUAUACGAUCAUUGCUCUCAAGACUCAGUUCAACAACAAUGCCCUGCCAAUGCAGAGGAACAAGUCAUCGCCAUGUGGGACCAGUGGCGUGCAUGGGACUUGGCACAUGUAAAGAAAAGCUUGGCAAUGAAGAUGCUGUUUGGGCGAUUCGUUGAUCAAGCAGAAGUACCUAAUUUUCCGCUCAGUGUUCACAUUCGAUCUGCUGGUAUCAAGUUGAUCCUCGACCCUGGUCCGAAACAGAGCGAAGUUGGGCUACAGCUUCUAGCAAUCGAUGUCACCCUACAACCGCCACCUGAGGCCACCGGUCUCAUGGUCACUGGAUCAGAAACCCUGCAGCAGACUACAGUCGUUCAGAUCAACGCCGUGAACACGUUUGCCCAUAUACGUUGGGAAAUAUGCGAGCUUGCUGAGACUCUCAUUGGCAUGUUUCAAAGGGAGAGUCUCAAGCAUACGGUCGACAGUCCGUCCCGCCCCGCAGCUAAGCAAGAAGUAAGGGCUUUUGAUAGCAGUCUGCAGAUUGUUUUCGUCACAGAACAGGCCGAAUUAUCGCUCGAUACGAUCAAUCUACAGAGUCUCUUCGUGGGUCAGAGCUUCCGGUUAUCAGUGGUCGCCUUGGAUCGCCAGGCUUCUAAGCAGGGUCAGACAAUGACUGCACAUGUGCAUGCAGAGCAAGCAUUGGCCAAGUUGAGCUCGCGGUCGCGUUCACUACUGCAGUCUCACUUCAAUCGCCCAAGUCUAUACUUCUCACAUCAUCAACAUGGUCCGGAUAGUGGCAUUCCCGAUGAAAUUCAGGGUGCUGGCGCUAGUCAGAUGAUCAAACUACGCGUCGAAGAGAGUGUGCUGGGCCUGAUUGAAGUAGCAGACUUGGUGGUACGACACGAGGUCGCGUAUCUGCAUGCUCAAGCGACGACAAUGCAAAAAGUAUCCAAAUCGAUGUCUGGAUCAUCCGGCACAGACAAAGAACCAAAGCAACUCCCGCAUGUCACUCUAGCUCUACUCAUGGACGAGUAUCAGGUCGAAGUGGCAUUCUUGCACUCACUGACUUGGGCAAUCACGGGUUCUACUGGUCGAAUCUCUGUCAUACCUUCCCUUGGUCAGAGCGUGACAUUACGAGUUGACUACGAUCUAGCAGCACAUACACACAGAUUGCUCAGCAACUCCAUGGAGUCAUCAAACGUCGUUAGCUCGCUUGAGUUACCUCCGCUGAACGGUCGAAUAUCAAUCACCAACACUGAUAAAGAAACGAGAUUGUCGGCUGCAGGGACUAUAGAAACCAUCAAUCUGCAGGCCUCGGAAGUCCAGGCUUUGGUUGCAACGGUCAACAAACCCGAAAUCUCAAAUGUGAUUCGUGCCAUUCAAGACGACAUUGACGUAUUGAAAUCGCAUAUCGAGGAUAUUUUCCCUCCGAAAACAAAUGCGCCGGUCGAGAAAACUCCAUUGUCCUCCAGGGAGAUAGUCUUCGGGGUACAGUUGACACUCUCUGGGUUGAAUAUACUUGCCACCGCCCCAGGACAGCAUCACGACUCGCCCACCGCCAACCUGGCAGUUCGACUCACCUCUGUUCAGCUGAAGGCGUCAAAUAUUGGGCCUGACAAUACAGUUUUGACUUUCCCAGAAGCAGUGGUUCUCCUGCAUGAAUUCUCUGUGGAAAUGGCUCUAUCAAAAGACGGCUCGGACCCGCGACGCUGUGGAAACCUCUCAUUCAACGCCAUGUUUCAAGCCACCGCUCAAAUGAAUGAAGGGUCGACCCGCAGAGUGUACCGAGUCAAGAGCUCUGGUCUAGAAGUCAAUAUCUUUGCAGACACUGCAUCUGCGGUUGUAGAUGUGAUGAAUCAUUUACAGGACAAGAUCAAGGAGCUCGAUUUAUCCAAGGAGAAGAAGUAUUUGAAGAAGCUCCGUGACAAGAAAAGCGAGAUUGUUCGCAAACGAGCGCAGAGCAUGAAGAGCGAUGGGAACACCGAUUCACAAAGCACGAGCUCUAGUGCACUCUUCACCUCAACAUAUUCUCUUGAAUUGCUCAAUAUCCAGGUUAGCUGGAUUGUAGGGACGUCAAUCACUCCCUUUUCGAACACCGAAUCCGAGGAUUUGGUUCUGUCAUUCAGGAGAGUUGACCUAUCAACACGAAAAGACGAUGCAGCCCGCUUGAUGAUUGAGGAUAUGAACCUUCAGAUGGUACCAGCGUCAGCCGAUAAGAGUGUACGAUCUUCGAACUCUGCUCUGCUUCCUGAAGUUGUUUUCAAUGUUACGUAUGGCUCUACCAAGAACGCCCGCAACAUUGCCUUCCACGCUGCUGGUAAAUCGCUCAACCUCCAACUGGAUUCACGCUUCAUCAUGCCUGCAAACGUGAUUGAGCGAUCAAUUGCUCUGGCAGGGAAGAAGUUUCGCAAUGCGUCUGCGAACUGGAACACAACCCCCACGACAAGUGGUGCUCAACGGAAGAAUCCUUUUGGCAAUAAGCGACUGGCUUCGCUUUUGGUGGAUGCCAAUUUUGCAGGUGCGGUGGUUCACAUCAACGGCAGUGACUCGACAGCCGAUCCUCAAUCUAAAGGAAGUCGGUCGCAACAAAAGGGGCGCUAUAGCCAAUUCGUCGGUGAUUCUGCAAAGAGCAGCCUCGAUCUACGUGCUCCUGGAGUAGCGAUCAAAGUGGAAUAUCGCGACGAGACUGGACACGAGCCGUCACUAAAUGCUGAGAUGCGAAUUGAUGGGUCAAGUAAUACUUUGUACCCAACCGUCGUACCCGUUAUCAUUGAGAUAUCGGAAAGCAUCAAGGAAGUUGUUCGUGAAAAGGAUGAAGAAUCACCAAACUCUGCGUCGACCCCGGCAACAUCGCUCCAGAAGCAGAUCGAGGCACCAAAGCCAUCAGAAGAUGAAAGCAAUCUGAUCACCGCGGACCCAAGCACUUUACUGGGUCGAACACGAUUGAACCUGGGCAUGCGUAUCUGUAAACAAGAGUUCAGUUUGAGCUGUCAACCCAUUGCAAGAGUGGCAGCCAUCGCCAAGCUGGAGGACAUCUACAUCACAGUCAACAGUGUCAAGUCCCAAGAACAUGGGCAUUUCUUUGCGGCUUCUGCUAUCUUUGAAAAGUUGGAAGCCACGGUCCAACACGUCUACUCCAGAGAGUCGACUUUUGGGUUCAACGUCGAUUCUGUAGUGUUAUCUUUGAUGAACAGCAAGCACCUGAGUGGCACCAGUGGAAUCUCAGCAAUUCUGAAAAUCAAUCCCAUGGCUUUGCAAAUCAACGCCCGGCAGCUCCAGGAUUUUCUGCUGUUCCGAGAGAUCUGGAUUCCACCUGAGAUACGACAAUCACCCAAGACGCCAGCGGCGAACAUGACCCAAGAGCCGCAAGAGUAUCUUAUUCAGAGAUAUCAGCAGGUAACAGCCGCUACAGCUUUUCCGUGGAAUGCAAACGUGGCCAUCGCCGAUGUAUCAGUAGAGCUCGAUCUUGGACAAGCCAUCGGCAAGACCUCACUCAGUAUUCACAACAUGUGGGCUUCUUCCAGGAAAGGAACGGAUUGGGAACAAAAUCUCUGCAUAGGCGUUGAAAAGAUUGGUCUAGAAAGCACCGGUCGCACCAGUGGUUUCGUUGAGCUCGCAGGUGUCAAAGUUCGAACCUCGAUCAAAUGGCCCUCGCAGGAACUCGCCACCCGACAAAGUCCUCUCAUUCAAGCCUCUAUCGGAUUUCGCCAACUACGCGUCAAAGCAGGGUUCGACUAUCAAGCGUUUAUCCUUGCUGAUAUUGCCAACUUCAACUUUAUCAUGUACAACGUUCAUGAGGAGGAUGGAGGCGGGCGCAAUCGUCUGGUCGCAAUUCUCGAUGGUGACAAGGUUCAUGUGUUUUGUCACACAACAAGUGCGGCCCAAGGUCUGGCUCUUUGGCAAGCUAUCGAACGUCUGAUUCAGGAAAAUCAGCAGGCUUACAAACAGUCCCUCAAGGACAUUGAGAAGUUUCUCCGCCGUAAAUCUUCCAUGGCGCAGCCAUUCGGUCGUAACCUGUCGCAAAGUAUGGUCUCUUCAAAACCUGACGACGAUGAUGUGAAAGCUCCGAUAUCACUGCAUACAGACGUCGUCGUCACACUACGGUCCAUAAACUUCGGCGUCUUUCCCUCUACCUUUGUCGACACGCAGAUCCUUCUCCUCGCCGCUGCGGACGCCCAAGCACGCUUCGCCGUCGCCCUGGAAAGUGGUAAAAUUCAUUCCGGUCUCGGUCUCACACUGGGUCAACUCUCCGUAGCCCUUUCGUCCCUCCCAUCCCCCAAGAAAACCACCACAAAUCCCGUCACAGAUCUCACCGUGGAAGAUGUAAUGGAGAACGUCAAAGGCGCCCGCGGAGGCACCAUAUUACGCGUACCCAAAGUCAUCGCCACCAUGCACACAUGGCAGCAGCCGCGCAGCAGCGAGAUUGAGUACGUGUUCAAGAGCUCGCUGGAAGGCAAAGUCGACGUAGGUUGGAACUACAACCGCAUCUCCUUUAUCCGCACCAUGUGGUCCAACCAUUCCCGCACAUUGGCUUCACGUCUCGGCAAACCACUCCCAGAAUCCAACAUCAAAAUCAGUUCCAACGAACCCACCGCCGCCCCUCCCACCUCAACCACUACGCCGAGUGACAACAAUAUCAUUACAGCUACACCCAACCCUGCAUCAACCCAACAGCAAAAAACUCAAGAAUCAGGAACUGCGGAAACAGGACCAGGCACAGGAAAAAUCACAGCCGUAGUCAACGUCCCUCAAAGCAGAUACUCGUACACGCCGCUCGAACCCCCUCUCAUCGAGACCCCGCAACUCCGUGACAUGGGCGAGGCGACACCGCCGUUGGAGUGGAUUGGUCUACAUCGGGAUCGUUUGCCGAAUGUCACGCAUCAGAUUGUUAUCGUUACAUUGUUGGAGUUGGCUAGGGAGGUUGAGGACGCUUAUGGGCGGAUUUUGGGGAGUUCGUAA